AUAUAAGGUACGAGAUACUUAUGACUGUCAGUGCAUUGCCAAUAGUCAAACAGAGGAACUUGUCAACGAAAACAUUUCAUUUUGUAACAAAAAUGUCGAAUUUAAUUGCGGUAAUUGUGCUGGUAGCAAUUGUAUCAGCAGCAGCUGAUCCACUGCUACUCAGUGCAUCGUACGUGUCACCAUACUUGUCGACUCCUCUAACUUCGGCUGCUUACGUAGCCCCCUCGGCAGCUGUUAUCGCAGCCCCGGCGGCCGUAUCCGCUGCCGUUCCGGCUGCCGUCCCUGCAGCCGUGCCUGCCGCAGUUCCAGCGGCCUACCCCUACUCUAGUGUAUCAGCGUAUUCCUACGGUUCAUCAUAUAGCGUCCAAGAUUACGCGCCAACUCUAGUCAACUCCGCCGCACCACUGGCGUACAGCCUUCCUUAUGCAUACGCUGCUGACUAUUUCUACCGCCGAUAAUCGUAUACAAUUUCGUGUUGUGUUCAUAUCAAAUAAUGGAUACAUAUCUCUUAAUAUGCCUUAUUGUGUUGAUAAUGUAACUGUAAUAUUUAUUGGACGAAAUAAAUAAAAAUAUUUUUUCCAAAAUAAUUUUGUCAUUUAAAAUUCUGUCAGUGAAACGGUCAGUAAGUCCAAAGACCAAUCUAAGUC